UGGGUCAAGGGUCCCAGCGUCUCCCACCGAGGCCGCCGCGUGGUCUCGGCGGCUGUGGGGGCUCGAGCCCGAGGUGGGUCCGGGCUGGCGCUCCGUGCGGGAGCGGGAACAGGGUAUAGGCUCAGGGAGGCGAGGGCCAGGCCCGAAAGGCUCGGGUGGGCCACCCAGGUCGCGCGGCCGAGCCGCCCCGCCCCCGCCGUCGGCCCCUGCUGGGUGCGCGCGCAGCGAGUGGCGCUGGGCUGGGACCCCUGGCCUGGUCCCCUACCCCGCGCCCCCCUCCCCCAGACUCUCCGGACCGUCGUGCUGCAGGCCCAGCCCUCAUGACGGACAGAAGACUUGUGGUGGUUUUUGGAGCUACGGGUGCCCAGGGGGGCUCAGUGGCCCGCGCGCUCCUGGAAGAUGGGACGUUCAGGGUUCGAGUGGUGACCCGGGACCCUGAGCAGAAGGCCGUGAAGGAGCUGAGGCUGCGAGGCGCGGAAGUAGUGCAGGGGGACCAGAAUGACGAGGCGAGCAUGGCGCGGGCCCUGGCCGGGGCUCAUGCCACCUUCAUCGUCACCAACUACUGGGAGAACUGCAGCCAGGAGCAGGAGGUCAAGCAGGGAAAGCUGCUGGCCGAUCUGGCCAAGCGUCUGGGCCUGCACUACGUGGUGUACAGCGGCCUGGAGAACAUCAGAAAGCUGACGGCAGGGAGGCUGGCAGCUGGCCACUUUGACGGCAAAGGGGAGGUCGAGGAGUACUUCCGGGACAUCGGCGUUCCCAUGACCAGCGUGCGGCUCCCCUGCUAUUUUGAGAACUUCCUCUCCUACUUCCUGCCCCAGAAAGCCCCGGAUGGAAAGAGCUACUUGUUGAGCCUGCCUAUGGGGAACGUGCCCAUGGACGGCAUGGCUGUGAGCGACCUGGGUCCUGUGGUGCUCAGCCUGCUGAAAAAGCCAGAAGAGUACGUGGGCCGGAACAUCGGGCUCAGCACCUGCAGGCACACGGCAGAGGAGUUCGCAGCCCUGCUCACGAAGCACACCGGCAAGGUGGUGCUGGAUGCCAAGGUAUUUUGACCAAGAAGGAGGACACAGAUGGAAGAUCUGUGUAGCUGCCUUUUCAACCACUCCUGAGGACUACGAGAAGCUUGGAUUCCCUGGGGCCCGGGACUUGGCCAACAUGUUCCGUUUCUAUGCCCUGAAACCUGAC